UCCGACAGAUGGCGCGUGGCCACAAGAGUUACGAUUGGUGGAAGGAGGAGCACGAAACUUGUCUUCAUGGUGCAAGAGUCUUAUUAAAGAUCCGCAAAAGGUGCAGGUGGGUUGGGGCAGGUGGAGGAAGCUGAAGGCUUGGAGACCUGGAGCGGUAAUUGGUCUGCCCAGUGUUGGGGCGUGGCCUCUUUGCACUUGGAAUGCUUGUGAGCACUGUCACACAUCAGCUUCUUUCAUCAUGCGGGAAGAAAUAGCAGCAGCAGCAGGCUUCAUUGCCCGGGUCUUAGACGCAUCAGAUGCCUUAACAACUGAGGAUUCUCUGGAACAGUUUCAAUCUUGCCUGUCACGAAUCCUUGAACAAAAGUUCAAGGGUCACUGGCAUACAGAAACUCCAGCACGUGGUCAGGCCUUUCGAAGCAUCCGAAUUCACCCAGCAGAACCGCUGGACCCUGUGCUACAUCAGGCAGCCUGCAACAGUGGCAUUCGCCACCAGGACCUGCAGAUUCCUGUAGAACUGACAGUUUGGGUCGACCCUCAGGAGGUGUGCUGCAGGUUUGGUGAUCUCAAAGCUACAUAUUGUACAGUGCUGACCUAUCGAGGUGGCUGUUUGGACAACAAAAUUGGGUCACUAGAUGUGCGAGACUUACUUGAUACGGCCAAGGCCCAAUACUCUCGCCAGCAAAACAUUCGUAUUGCACACAGCUCAUCUCCCCCAUUGCUGCACUCAUCACCUUCUGUUCAACACGACGGCAGCGGUUUCCUGUGUGACUUUGUUCCCCCACAUGCUGGUCUUCACCUAUACUCCCCACUUGAUGGAUUUACCUCAGCUCUGCUAGACCCCUUUCCUAGCCUUGUUGGAAUGGAUGGAGAGCAUUUCACACCUAUUUUUUCCUCAACCACUGUCCACCCACCACCACAUUCACGCAUUUCUCGCCUUUCUGGGGCCGGUGGUGGAGGCAGCAUUCGUAAAGGAAUUGGAGGCAGCACCGGCAUAGCCAUGAGAGGAGGCAAGCACAAGGCAGAGGCAGGAACUUUUAACCAUAGCAAUGGCUCCAGCCACUUGGGAUCACUUAGCAGCACCAGCUCUGGCAGCAAUGGCUUCACCCACCUGGGGUCUGGCAGCACCAGCAACUCUGGCAGCUUAGGCAGCUGCAACGGUAGAAGUGGUGCUGAUAGAUUCCACUGGUUCCGAUCUAAAGGGCAGCACCAGGUACAGUCACAGAAACAUUUGCAGCAACAGCAGAGCUCAGGGUCGCUCAAAGAUGCCAAGUAAAACUUUGUGCAGCAUUGUCAAGGGGAGCAGACCGGUUUCAGUGUGCUAAUUUAAUGUUACUGUGGACUGCAUCAAAAUUGUGGCUUUAUAAGUGUGCCUCCUCAGGUAAAAAUGUUACUAUUGUUAUUGUGGACUGCAUCAUUUUUUUAGCUCCAGAUCCAGAAUGCAGUCUAAGGUUUUAGUAUUUUAGGUUAUACUGCAGCAUAUGGAAUAUUUUCCUUUUUCCGAUGACUUGUUUCUUACAAAGAAAAUGUUCUGAAAACAGCAAUCCAUGUAUUAAUAAUAUUUAGACAGGUAAAAAUGUGUAGUUGACAAUUUUUAAAUAUGUGCAGUUUUUGGACCCUGACAUGUUUAGGGAGAAGAGAGGCUUUUAGUGGAGCAUGUUACCUGGAUUAGGGUUAACUCUAAACCCCGAUUCGCACUAGACAUCUUUUGAGAGAAAAGAGGGUUAUAGUGGAGCAUUUGGGUUAGGGUUACCUUAAAUCUGAUUGUAGUGAAGGUUACUUGGGCUUUUAUACCCUCUCGCCAUUUUUAAAUUGUUUAGCUACCUUUUGUAAACUUUGACUUGGAGGUACUGUAAAGCCAUAAUCAGUUUGACACAAGAGAUAAAAAUAUUCUUCCGUGUAUUUUUAUAGUCUGUUUGAAAUUGGGAGUUGGCUUGAAAGUAUGCAUUCAGGCUAGAUAAUGCUUUAGCAGAUUUUUUUUUUUUGGUUUGUUCUGUUCUGUCCCCCCCCCCAAAAAAAAAAACAAAACAAAACAAAACAAAAAAAAAAAAAAAGGUUAUAUUUGUCAGCACAAAAUUGAAUCAUGUUUACGACCAGUACUCUUGAUUCAAUCUGCUUUGACAGUAAUGUGUCAGUAACUUGGAAUCGCAAAAUAGCAACACUGGUGGAGGUUACAUAUGCAUAGAGCCAGUGAAGAAGAAAGAAUGACCUCCAUGAGAGUAUCGACAUGGUAUAAUAGUAUUCCAAAACAUGGGAUGACAUUGUUCUAGCUACUGAGUACUCAGCUUGUUAGAGUUUAUGUUUCUGAAUUAACAGUAUACUUUGCAGUUAACUCACCCUAUCUAGCAGUAUUGAUUCUGCCAUAGGUGUAGAGUAUUGUUGUAAAUCUAGCAGCAGUGUUUGCCCAUAUUACAUGUAUUUUUACUGGUGACCAGCUUUUAAUCUUAAUGUAUCUCGUUGACUGUUAGCCUUAUUUCAUGGACACUUUUCUCAUUUAGUGCUGAAACCUGUCAAGAAUAGUUUUAAGUUCACGCCCGUAACACUAACCUAAAAUUUGCCCAGGAGAUUUAAAAAAUUAGACAUUUUAUUUUAACAACAUGUUUAAGCUUUUUACACUACCCUGAGAUCUUUCUAGUAGAUCUGGAUUUUAGGUUUUAAAGGUCUUCCUGCAAAGACCAGUAAUUUUGCGAACUGGAUUGAUCAGUGAUAUCCCUUGUUUCAGCUUUAAAUAAAGAUUGUGAUGAUGGUGUGGUGACCAUGGAAAUGCUUGCUGGUCUCAACAGCAUUGUAAUGCAUUACCUUAUACUGCAAGCAGUAACCAUAUAAAUUGUAAAAAGCAACUUAGUUUAUCUGUGGCAUUCUAAAUGCCAUAUAAUGAACAAACCGAUGGUUUAUGCAGCAUGGGAAAAAUAUAGGAUGUACAUUUGUCACUCAGGUCCAAGCAUGUUAAUACCCACAGUUUUUUAUACAUACAGAAAAGAAGUUUGGGGGUAAAUAUUGUGGAGAGGAGACUGUUCUUUUCAUAUAUUGUUGAUUGGUGUUAUGAUAAUGCAUGUUAGGAUUUUUUUUUUUUUGAGCAGAUAAAUUCAAGCUUGAAAUAGAUUUUGUUAUUGCAUCCUAUUUUAGAUUAUAGCAGCUGUCAGUGGUAGAAAGUACAAACACAUGAUUUUGUGAGAAUUUUGUUUUUUGUUAGAAAUCAAUGUCUUGCAUUGAAUGUUUCUAAAUUUAUAAUGCACUGCUAAAUUGUUAGAAGCUUGCAUGACCUCAAAGGGUGUUUAGCGAAAUUCAGCAGAAAUCCAGCUGCCCCAUUCUUUUUCUUACCCCCAAUGUUACCGAGAUGGAUAGCCUGCUUUAAGGCAAUCAUCAACAAGCAAAGGGCACAACCCAAUGUCCUAAAGUGUUAUGGUAUGCUUCCACUCUGCCCCACCAUAUUUCUCAUGUGAAUAGAUUUGCCAUUCCUGAUUGCUUUCUUGCGGCCUCUUUCUUGCCAACUAGUGCACAGGAAGUAGGUUACCUCCACCUUUUUGUUUUAACACAAUCCAUUUAAGACCUGGAAACAUUAAAAUAGCAUAGAAGGAAUACUUAGAUGCUUUAUAGCUAGGUACAUGUAUACUUGAUUGAUGCCUUUCUUCCUCAAAUUCUCAAGAGACUUUAUCUGUUCUUGAAGCAUUCUGCCAGUUCCAUGAUUUAUUUCUUGUUUUAACUAAAGGUAGAGGUUGUGACCUGGAGAAAUAUUUGCCAUGUCAUCUCCGAAAGAAGCUUUUGAUGAAAAAUACAUCUUCUGUAACUUAUUUCCCAUUAAGAAAGCUCAUACUUUUAAUGGAUAUAAACAAAUCUUGAGUGUCCCAUGUCAAUAAUUUCAUUAUUUUAUUCAUGUUUUUUGGAAAAGAUUGUGAGGUGGAUUUUGACAUGGUUUUAAAGGUUUUCAUAUCAUCAAGGACAUUUAUAAUAGAGAACUGCUUUUUACCUGUGUUAGUCAUUGGCAGUUGGGUUAGGGAUAUCUCUGAAUGGAUAACAAGGAUUCUUUGCUGCGACCUUUUCUGUGCAAGAUGUGUUGCUUUGAAGCUAUUUUGCCAUGAGAGGAUAAAUUGAUUAUAUGAACACAUGAAAAAGUUUAUGAAGACAUCUUUCUAUAUUGCGUUUUUAUCAAAAAGUUUUUAUAAAGAAACGUUGGAAGAAAACAUUUUGCUGCAGAAGCAGGAAAAGAUGUGCGAACAUUUCUUGUAUGCAUAAUAUACAUUAGUAUUUAAUUAACCUGUAAGUUAACAAUGUCUAAUGUCACAGUAGCUAGAAGGAAUUCAUAAAAACUGUCAUGGAGGCUGACCAUGAUUCAAAGACGCAUCAAAAGAUCCUUGUGUGGGUGGUGUGGUAGAAUAAUUUAGUUGUCAGAUAUGCGAAGUAGUUACUACACUGUUAUGAUUACCGUAGUCAUAGGAGUUGUCAGACCCACGAAGUCAUGUUGAGCAUGCAGGAUGGCUAAAUGGAUCAAGGGUCAAGGGUUUCAUUCUGCUGCUGCAAUAAAUGUUAAUGGUCCAUUCCAUUUUUAAGAUCAAAAUUAAUGGAAUAUAUUUAUUUACUGUAUAUGAUAAUGCUAACUGAAAAAAGUUUUCAUUUUUAUUGACCAGAUGCAAAUUUUAACAAUCAUUUCUCAUGCAUAAACUUUGCCACAAACGCUACUUCACCAUAAAAAACUAGUAUAUAUUAUGUAGCAAGUAUAUAUAGACCACUUACCACAGCAUCGUUUUAACCACCUGUUGUUGGUUUGGGGAGGGAAAGUGCUUUCCCCUUGCGGUGAUUUUGCACUGUGGGGGAUGGGGAUCUUUGGGGAAUGUGGUUAUGGGUUAGGCGGGCGAAGGUAGGGAGGGGUUUAGAGGGUUUUGUUGUGCCACAGGUAUUGUUUUACUCUUGCUUGUGCCUUCUUUUUUUUUGUUGGAAUUUGCCGGGCCUGCAUUGGUGGUAAACUGUGUUAGUGCCCUCUACCUGUUAGUCUACGAGACCUGCUAAGCUUUCUUUUCCUGCUGCUGCUACUUGCUAUCGAUGCCUAGGGGGUCUCUCGAGUCCACCAUGGUGAUGUACUGUGUUGGACUGGAUUCCGCAUGCUGCUCUGCUCUUGUUUAUUUGGCUUCCUGGUUUUUUUUCCCCCUCUAUAAAUGGUUAUGUUAUCCAGUUUUAACCCUUUGCCUAUCUUAUAUUAGUCUAGAGUUUGGGUGGCUUGUCACUAUUGAUGCUACUAAUGAAAGUAUAUUAUGCCAUAGUCUUUUAGGUGGGUUAAGGCAGUUAUUAAGGUUUAGCACCAGUUUAUAUUAAAAAAUGUUUUAGCUUCAGUUCUUCUCUUUCUGGCUUGCUUUCAUUGCACUCCAGCAGCACAUGUGGGAUGCUAAGGCUAUCCCCACAGGCACAUGAAGGGGGGUCUUUACAUCUUGUUAGGUAUUUUCUGUUAACCCUCAUUCUAUUGAUUUGGGUUUAGUCAGACCUAUUUGACUUUUAAGAACAUCAAAGUGUGAGUAGGCUGGUCUUCUAUCAGUCUUCUUGUACCUUUACCUUCAUUUUGGUAUUUCUCUUUCCACCUUAUUUUUAUUGCUGGUUUUAUGGCUGUUCCCUCUAUUGUUGAAAUAGAGAUGUUUAGGGUGGUGACUUUGGGGUUUGUUUCUUGUUUUAUUGCCAGUCUAGCUAGUUUAUCAGCUUCUUUGUUUCCUUUUAUUCCUGUGUGGGAGAGAACUCAAAGGAACUUAAUGUCUCUGUUUUCCUGGUUAAUCACCUCUAUCUCUACAUUGCAUUUAUAUGGAGUUUUGCUUAACUCGAUUGUUCUUUAUGCAGACUUUGAUACAGUAUGAUGACAAUUAGAAGAACACAAACACAGUAAAUUACAGUUGUCAUUUGUAUCUGCAUACUAAAACCUCUUCCAUCACAUUGCAGACUGAACUCCCCAGUGCAACCUCACAAAGCUCCCAACACAGUGGUCUUCAAUUUACCAUAGAUUCAAAGUUGAAUAAUAAUUCUAAUUCACAAUUUUAGCAUCACGUGGUCGUACUCCAGAAAUCUCAGCCUUGAGACAAAACUUGACAUGGACAUCAUGAAUGAAAAACAGUACUGACAAAGAUAUCAAAGACAAACAUAGAAGACACAAAAAGGAAUAUGGGGGAUCAAACAGUGAUGGCUUAAAGUGAUUUACAUUCAUAUGAAGAGAGAGACAAGGUAGUGGACCAGUCAUUAGGCAACAACUAAGCAUGAGAGGGGGUUAAUAAAUGGACUGGCAUUGUGUGGACAAUAUGAGUAAUGCUAAGAGAGAUGUGCUUCUUGUGCACAUGGAAAGGAUUUAAUGGUGUGUAAGUGACGGAUAUGCGGAUAUGAAAGGGGUGAAGGCUCCAUUGUUUUGCUGCAUGGUAGCGAAAAAGCCAUAUGUUAUUGUUUUGUGACAGGGAUACUUUCUGGGUGUUGAGGAUGAGAGGUUCAAAGAAGCAGGCAGGGCAAGAGCCUAGAAAGAAGUUAAAACACAGCAUAGACAGCUUGUACUAAAUGCAGAAUAGCCAGUUCAAGGAACAGAAGAAAUGUGUGAUAUGGUGCCAUCUCCUAGCUACAGCUCCAAACGUGCAGGAGAGUUUUGGAGGUUAUAAGUAUAUGGAGAAGCCUGGGAGCAAGUAAUCAAGUGGAGAUAGAACAAAUGCACAAACAAGAGGCAAGGCAAUGUGUGUAGAGAGAAAGUGGUGGCACUGAUCUUUAGUAGCUUAAAAUUGGCAGAAUGGCAGACAGCUGUAAUGUCUAUCCAAGGUCGUGACAGAUGUCACAAAGUUGAUGUUUCUUUCACCCACUUUAAUGUGUUCGGGCUGACUGAUACGAUUUACCAGUCUUUCUCUCAAACAUAAGAGGGCUUCCGUUUUAUCAUUAUUCAGCUUCACUUUUCUACCAUCCAAUCUUUGAUGCAGGCCUCUCAGCAGACAGGGCUGACAGAAAUAUCACCACGGUUGAGAGCAUAUCACAUGGUGAUGGUGACUUUGACGAGAGUACUGCCAGAAAGUUAAGUUGGAAACUGUUUAACAUGUUGACAUCAAGCAUGGACUUCCAAACCUAUAUUUUCCCAAGAAAUUCUUUUGACAAAAAUUACAGCUGUUGGGUUUUUGCUGUUGAAAUACAUCUGAAUAUCAUGCAUGCUUGAAGUGUGCAUGGAGCAAGAAGGUACAUCUAAGUGUUCUCACUGUGCACAGUUGGAGGUGUGCAUGAUCUUGAGACACUAUGUUUCAGUCUCAAGUCCUUUAGACAAGCACUCUUUGCAGACUGUAAACCUCAACAAAUUAGCAAGGAAACAUUUGGUGUCACUUCAAAAGUACUUUUGUUGAAUGUGAUCACCAGUUGAAGAGUUCAUAGAAGCACUUGAAUAUGUAUAAUAUACAUCAAUACAUCUGUGUAUAGAUCACUGAAAUAUUUUCACGAGUUUCAGAGUUGGGUUCGUCUUUAUCACAAGCUACUGAAUACCAUGAAAAGCACCGAAGCACUAAUUGUGAAGUCCAGUUUGGCAUUUCAGGCAUAAUUUCUGUGUAAUUUUCUUGCAGAAUAGACAUGGUUUUGUUGGGUUUUUUUGUUUUUUUGUUUUUGUUUUUGUUUUUUUGUGUGUCCGAAUGACAAGUCAAAGAAUUCUGAAUGUAAUAUCACUUGGCAAAUAAACAAAUUCUUAUUCUUUUUCUUGAAAAAUGACUGAUGCCAUAAAACCUGACUUCAUCAGGUACUCUGCCAACAGCAGAUUGAGCAGGCUGCUGUGAAAUUUCAACAGCAGCAUGGCAUGCCACAUCAGACACAUGCACAGCACACUGUGAAUGUCAUUAACUGCAUUGUGUGCCCUUCUCAUUUUCAUCCAUGCUGUCUUCAUCAGAUAAUUGUCCAUUCUUUGAAGUGAUGUACAAAAUCAUGUUAAAUCAUGUAGGUUUUUCCCCCCUUCAAGUUAGCUCAGGACAUCAUGGAUUUUUUUUAAUUAUGGAAUACACAAGACAUGUAGCAUAUUAAAUACAUACAAAAGCACAACAUAUACAAUUAAAGUAGCACAGUCAGUUCUGUAUAUCAUGACUGGAUUGUCAUCUGUUGGAGACAUCUGAAAGUAUAGUUUACAGCCGCGGUUCUCAAACGGUGGGGCGCGUCCCCCUGCUUACAAUGUGGGCGCGAAGGUGGUCAUUUUUUAAAAGUUUCUUAAACCGGUAUUAGUGAAAUUAGCUUACAUUGCUGGCUAAGUGGGGCGCGCGGACGUACCUUUGUUCAUCAGGGGGGCGUUACAAGUGAAAGGUUGAGAACCGCUGGUUUACAGUUUAAAUAAGCAUUAGAUUACUGUUGUCUGUCUCUCCUGUAAGUACAUGUAUCGUGUGUGUGUAGAUUAUGCUUAAAUCUACAUCAUGCAACAACACAAACUUUCACACAAAUGUGUGCAUUAAUAAUUCAUAACACAACUAACAGAUUGCAGGUUUAUUUCAUAUAUGGCCUUUUAGAGAGUCACUAAACCUAUAAGUUUAUGUAGCCCUCCCACCGAAACAAAAACACAGAGCCUUUCAACCUCACAUAUGCUUCAAGUGUGCAGUUGUGUCAUUUUCUUCACUUAAAAAUUUGCAUGGCACUUUCAGUUGACACAAAAAUAUGAACUUAGGUGGGGGGGGGGGGGGUGUGUGUGUGUGUAGGAAUUUAACUUGUGGAUCAGACCAUUAUAAUUUCCCUCUGAUAAAGUUGUAUCUUAUAAACAUAGCUGUUUAUCGUGAUGUUUUAUCAUAUUGUAUCAUAACCUAGAGCUAGCUCAUCUUUGUUAUUGCUUAAAGGGUCCAUCAUGCUGCCUGUGCUACUUGCUUUACAGGGUUAAUCCUAGCCCUUGUUUUACAGGGCCACUUAACCCUAACUCUAACCACUUUGUUUUUUGGCUGUCACUUUGUACCUGCUUGUCCUCUCAUUCUCAAUCUCCCCAUGCUGUCAUGUCAUACUAUCUUGCUGUCCUCUGAAACACACACUUUGUGACUUAAGCAUCAGAAUAAGAGCUCACUCUACUUCUGACACCCUAUUAACAUAUUUAGUUACUGUCUUCCUGUUGGAAGAUUUAGAUAUGGUCUUGCUGUUCAGAUUAAAUUAUUGUGUUCCUGUUGGCAGAUGCUGUUGCCAUCAUGCUUGUGAUGGCAUCACCUUUCUCAGCAGCCCUAGCUGUCAUCUCAAUAUCUCAGUAGUGCCCACUAGAUGUUGCAUAGAGCAUUAACACAUUUGUGUGGACGUUUAAAGUAGAAUAUGAUGAUCUGCAAAAUAGCUCAGUUUUAUGGUCCAUAAUUUUUGAUUUAUGUCUCCAUGGCAAUGGAUUCAGUGAUGAUUGUCAACUGUACUGUCAUUCCAUUGUCAUUAUAUCUAUCAUCUUGGCUUUCCCAAUGUGAGAAAGUUUUUGAUAUGUCUCAAGAAAACUGCCAUGUAAUGUAACUCAGCUGACAGUGUAUUGUUUGAUGCCUGUCUUAUACUUACCUGUUUCCAUUUAAAAUAAAAUGUUCUAGGUCAGUAUGUUUUCAAUAGGGGACCAGUUCACUGAUUGAUGCUAGUGCAGAAAGAUGGACUUCGUGACAGGGGAGCCAGAUUAGUUUCCAUUGUCAAUCCAGAAAGUCAUCAGUUUCAAAAAUCAUCCAUAGAUGUGAUAGUACAUGUAGUUUUCAUAGUAGAUCAUGACAGAUGUGCAUGAUUUUGACACUAAUGUCAUCAUUGUCCCAUGUGGUUUUUGUAUUGGAUGUUAUGACAGUAACAAAUGGUUUUCAAACCAUGUUAUGAUAGUACCAUGUGGUUUUCAUACUAAAUUAAAAAAAGACCCACCUGCCUGAAAAUAAGAAUAUGAGUAAUAAUAUAAAAGAGUAUGCAUGCUGAGUGCAUUCAGUUAUGUCAUGAUAAAGCACAUGGUAAAUUCUGUCAUCAGUAAUUUACAUGAAAAGGAUGAUUCAAACAGUAUUACACACUUUCAGUUUAUGUAAUUUGAAGCUAGUGCUUUACAAGUUCUUUUUUUUUGGUUUGUUUAUGUGUCAUAAAAUUGGUAACCUGUAGAGAAGGGAAUGAAGCACAAAGCUUGAAAAAGUUGGUUCAGUGGCAUAGAAGAGUGUUUGAAUUGUUUAAAUUGAGAACUUUAGGCUUUAAAUAAAAACCACUCCUUGUUGGUAAUUUGAAGCAUCCUUAGUGGGCGCCAUCAGCAUAAUGCUAUGGUUGUUUCCCCAUGCCAUUACUGAACAACCCUUAGAAAUCUGUUAGCCUGUAGAGAAUAACUUUACAUGUCAAAUAAAUGUUAGUUUCAGUCUUUGGGGUGGGUAUGUUUUCCAUGUAAACAAGAAAAAAAUGAACAAAAGCAUCAUGGCUGUUACAUCAAAUAUCAACUGUGAUAGUAGUCUAAUUGAACUAUAAAGUGAAAUAUGACACAUGAGUUAGGCUGUAAAAUUGAUUUGCUGUAUGUGGCACGAGGGUGAUGGAUAUAUUACUGGUGGAUGUUAAGUUACCCACAUGCAACCUCAUUUUAUAGGAGUUUUAGGCUCCAUUUUUUUUUAUCUAAUGUGGUGACUGAGUAAUGUAUUACUGAAAGUGUGAAGUUCUUUUUGAAUCAUCCUGCUUAUAGUGAAGAAAUCUUCAAAUGUAAAUAUCUUGAUGAAGACAUCAAGUGCACCAAAGUCGCUUAAAUCUUGAAUGCAGGCUAUUAAACUUGCAGUCACAUCUUCA